UUUUCAUAUUUACUAUACAGCAUGUCGACCGGCUUGAUGUCCUGUGUGCGGGAAAACUCCCCACCUCUGGAGCAGGAUAUGAAUGCAUCAUCAGGUCCAUUGUCACUACCGGAAACGAGCACAGUCAACGUGAACAUGGCUGUUACCUCAACGCCUGUUGCAAACACAACCAUUAACAGCGAUGGCGGCAGUGGCACAGCAGGAACUGGCGCAGCUCCCAAUGCUGAUUUACAAAAACGGCGUCGUUUUCAUCCUUUACGAAAUUUGCGGCGUAUUUUUAGACGACGUACCAUCACUAAUCCAACAGAUACACCAACCAGCUUAUCAGUGCCACAACAGCCUACAAGUAGUACCAGUGAAAAGAAUUUACGUAGUGCUACACUUUCUUCGAUAUCUUCUGUUGUUUCGGCUUCAUCACCAUCGUCGCCAUUAACACACCAACAAAUACAGGAAUCAUAUUCAUCACAAUCAUUGCCUAAAUCAAAAUCGUACGGCAUUGCGAGUAGUAUAGGAGCAGCCGUAUUAGGUAGAGAUGCUGCAUCUAAAAAACAAAAGACAAAACAGCAACAACAACUUCAACAACAGCAGUUACAACAAUUAAGAGACCAAACGUCGGCUGGUACGACAAUAAUAAACGAUAACGAUAUGUACACAACAACAACUUCAAGUACAUCUUCCUAUCAUCAUAGUCAUCACACACAGAAUUAUGCAAAGCAUACAUAUGUGGGGCCAGGUAAUACUCCACAACGACAAUCUAUAGGCGUUGCAGUAUUGCCAACUGCAAUGAAUCGUAGUUUUUUCAGUGAGCGACAGAAACUACGUAGCGUUGGUGACUCAUCGCAGGACCUUGAUAGCAGUGGUAAUGGUAGUGGUAGUAACAUUGAUAGCAACAAUGCAGGACGUACAAAUGAUAAUAACAGUGGCGGAGAAAUGUCCGACAGUCAGAGAAGCUUGAGUGAAGGACGCUUAGUUGACAGUGAUUAUAAUACACAAGAUCAACUUUCACAAUCGCAUGAUAGCGUUUUUUCCGAAUCUGCGACUGCUAGCAGCCUCUCUUCAGUUCUUAAGGCUGAACUCGCAGAUGUUUUACGUAAACGUCGCAAUCGUCCAGAUGCUUCUGAUGAAGAUUUGGGUUUGCCACGCAGUCCUGCAUCACCACAAAGACGAGCAGAGCAACAACGGAAAUCAAGCGCCACUGUACAAUACACAACCACGCCCGCUAAUGUUAGCAACAAUAGUGAAUUAUGCUCGUUAAGUUUAUUGAGCAUGACUAGCACAGAUUGUGAUGAUUUUUCAAAUGCAACAUCGACCAAUAUUUCGAAUUCAUCAGUUCAGAGCAUAUAUCGCCACGGACGAACAGAUUUAUUACGACGCUCAACCAGUGAUAGCUUUGGCAUUACUAAUGAUGAAGUCGAUCUGUUUGACUCCAAUUGGCAAAGAUUAUCACAUGCAGCUGCAAAGCAUAAAAUGGCUGUUAGACCAACAAAAAAGAAGGGACCCAGUCGACAUCACAGACGUACUCUAGAGACUUCCAUACCUGAAGCCAUUGAGGAGACACCCAAAACAUACAACAAGCGUAACUUGGACUGUGUUGAUGAUGCCAAAGCUAAAACACGUUCUCUCCCACCUGGCGUAAAUACAAAAUUGUUAGACCAACACGCCGAAGAAACUAAAUACACUGCCAAUACCAUUUCAGCAAGCACAGCGAUUACUGCACAAUCGAGUGGCAGUUUAGUAAGAAACUCUAAAUCCGAGAAGAUACAAGAGGUCAACACUAGUGCUACAUCUACAACAAAUACUGCAACCAGUUCAACUAUGUUUGGCCUACGUGCACUUACUGCAAAAGCAAACUCACUUUUUGAUACCAAGGAAAUCGUUGCGCCAACGCACAACGAUAAUAUUGUAAAGAAACAAGAAACCGAACAUAUGGCAACCCUUGAAACUGCAGAAAGUGGUUUUCUUCGUCGUUUAAUGCAACGAAACUCGAAACGUUCAAUUUCAAAAAUGCAAUCAGCAGAUGAAGUUUUGGAUUCAAAUGAAAGUAUACCGAAGAAAUUGCAAAUUUCUAUAUCUAAUAUAGACACAACAGAAAGACUAAGUUCUGGGAAUGGUAGCGCUAUGAAGAAAUCUCGUAGUGCCACUAAUUACGUACAGAAUGUGGAAGAAACGCGUAAAGAAAUUAAACGAGAAAUUGUUUAUGAAGGUGCUAAUGGAUUAAAUGCUAUGAUGAAUUCGUUUCCACCAAAUCAAUUAACAUUAGGCAAUAGCACAGCAGCAAGGGAAACACCUAUUAAUCAAGCACAUAAACCAAAAUCUGGUCCUGCCGCUCGUCAAAGAUAUUUGCCACAAGACAUAGAAGGUGAAAAAACUCUAGAAAGAAAAACAGCGGAGACUAAAGCAGACAACCUGGCAGCAACAGCUGCUGCAACUACAAGUAAUCCUUUAUCUGUUCCAACCACUUCUGACACUUUUCAAUCUACAUCGAUUAUACGCGAAAUAAGAGCUUCACAAUUGAUUGGCAGCAAUGAGUCAUCCCCAAAAAAGUUGGAGCAUUAUGAAAAGAAACCUAAAAUUGUUGGUCUUAGUGCAUUUCAACAAAAAAUCUCGCGCUCCAAUGAUGCUGUUGCGCGUGCUUCCACGAAUUCGUUAGAAAGUGUAUCUGGUGGUGAAAUAAAUUAUCGGGACUUUGAACAGAAACAACGCAAACUUGUAGAAAAAUCGCGAAGUUUCCGUACCUAUAAUGAAAAUCGGGAGACAACAACAUCGUCAAAUAUGCCGAGCUUACCGGACUUAUCUUUGAACUUGAAUUUAUCUGUACCCACCUACAAUGAGUUUAUAAUGAAAGAAAAGGCUUACCAUGGCACGCCAUCUCCUCCAGAUAAGAGCGUAUCUCUGGGCUUUGAAAUAAAUGAUAAUAAUUUAAUCAAACCGAACACAAUACGUACAAAUUCUGCCCAUAAUGUGUCGCUCGGACAUACCAAAAGUGUUGUUGUGCCUUCAGCAGCCGGACUUCUCGCACCAAACGCUGGAUUGCCGCAAAUAUCACCCACAAAUAGUUGCAACAUGAACAUUAACGAAAUAGAACAAAAUAUUGAUAUGAUAGUGACAUCACCAUUCGUCAGCGUGCUGCGGAAAUCGGCUGUGUACAACGAUAACCCCUUAGAAUCGCUAAUAAACUCAGAGCAAGUUAUUGCUGCACAAUCUUACACUAAGGUUCCGUCACCGCAGAAGACACGUCCAAAGGUUUUGGAAUUAAAAGGUUGCACCGCAGACGUGGAAGAAAAAAUGACACCAACCACUGCAGCAGUGCCUUUGCGUGAAAAAAUCAUUAUUAGUAAUAAUGCUACUACUGUCACUAGUGAUAAAGCUACUACCAAAGAAAUAUUGGAGCGCAAGUCCGCACCAGUAACAACGGGCAACAAAACUCCAGUUAAUAUUAAGUCGAUUAAGCGCAAUAUGAGCUUAACAGAUACUGCUGCUGAUGAUAUUGGCACACACAUACCGGAAUUUAUGAAAAUUCAAUUAAAUCGAGUGGAUCCUGCGCGUAUGGCUAAAACAAAUAUUGUUUUAGCUAAAAACAUUAAAGAAACUUCUCCCAGUAAAGACAUAGUUUCAUCGAAAUCGUCAAGUAUGGAUGAUUUGAGCACAAGACGCGAUAGCAAUGAAAGUGUAGAAAUAAAUAAACGUACGUCUAAAACGCCAACAAGUGAUACAUCUACCGGAUUUACAGGUAUUACUGAGGCAGUUAAUCGUCAAGCUCACUCAAAUAUUUCUAAUAGUAAUCAGGGCUUUAUCGUCAAUUCAAAUAGUCCUCCUCACAGUAAUGACACUUUUACUAAGAUAGCGGUUACAGACAAGCAAAGCAAUACCAAUAAAAGCUGCAAUGAAGCCGUUAAGCAAAGUACGGCUAUUAGUCCAACUACAGUAACAACACCCACUGCAUUUAACCACACUAAUAUGACCAAACAACGUAAUAACGUUAUUAACAAUUCCACGUCAAAUGGGGCGAGUAACAAUGGCAGCUUAGAUUCUAAACGAUCUGCAAUAACAAAUUCUACUAAAGCAACAAGUGUUGACAACUCAAUCAAUCAAAAUAAUUUCAAAAUAUACUCCAAUGGCAAUAGUGACCUACCGCCAAAGAGUCCAGUUAAGAAAACGUAUACACCACAGAUUAGCAGUGCAGGUUUGCCUUCUGAAGAACAUCUAAUACCAAGUCUUACAACAGAAGAUGGUGCCAAUAGAGGUUACCAAACUUUAACUGAUAUGAGAAUUUCUCUGCAGCACCGGAAACGUCUCUUUCUACAAGAAGAACAGGCACAAACAGUACGAAAAAUCGAAGAAAUCCGUAAUGAACGUAAGAAAUCAAUUAACGAUGAAGUUGUGUUUCGUAAAUCAAUAACUAAAUCGGAAGAGCGACCUGAGAAUAUUGUUAGCAGUCCAACCAAAUCUGAACCGAAUCUGGAACAAACAGUGAUGUUGCGCAAAAAAUCAUUUGGUGCAACUAGUAAUAGUAGCAUACCAAUAAGCCAAUUUAAUAACAAUAGCAGCGGUAAUAGCAAAGAAGAUGGCACUCCCGAGCUUAUUAAAGUAUUUGCUCGACGUUCUCUUAAAGUUAAGGAUGAAGAUAUUAGCGCUUUAGCAGAAAAAAUAAUGCAAAAUAAUGGCAAUGCUGUUGCAUCUACCAAAAUUAUCAAUAACAACACCACAAAUGGCAAUAGUACACAGGUGAACAAUUUAAAUUCAAACGGUAAUACUUUGAAGAAACUACAACAACACUCUUCACAGCUUGUUACUCAACAACAGAACGUAGACAGCGAUAAAGAGAAUCAUUCUGCCAGCGAAGAAAAGCUGGACAAAUUAUCAAAACCUGAAGUAAAUGUGGAACGAGAAACCCUUACCAGCUCCAGUAAAACAGUGACAACCUCAAAUGCGCAUGCCAACAACAGCAAUCGCAAUUCUGUAGCCGAUUUUCGCAACGGCGGCCCUCUUAAUAAAAAUGGAUUGACCGUUCACAAUAACAACAAUAAUAACAAUGGAAAUACCACUACCAGCGCUGGACCAACAAACAAAAGUGCCCUGCCUGUAGCGCGUAGUUUUCGUGCCAUCUCUAGUAAUAUGAGCGUAACUAGCAUUGGUAACAAUAAUAAUAGUGUCAAUACCACCAGUAAAGGAACGCUUGAGCGAAAAUCUAUGAAUUACUUGAAACCUGCAGAAACCCAUAAUAUCAGUACAUCGACCAGUGUCGGUGGCAGUAAGGCGAUUGAGCGUUCAGCAACUGUUAGCGAAUUUAAAGGCAUACAUCAGCGCCGCGCUGAAUGGGAACAAAGAGCUAAAGAGGCUUUUAAAUGAAUCUUCUACAAUUCAAUAGGAUUUAAGGCAGGAGAGAGAAUGAGAUAGACAGACAACUUAAAACAAAAUUUGUGUGUGAUAAAGUAUUGUGCAGGUGCGCACCUUCAACUAAACUUUGCAGUCAAUAGGAAUGCGCGGUUAAUAGGAUCGAAGAGUAGAGGAAAGUGGCUGGAGAAUAUCUGAUAUUGAAGAGUAAAAACAUUGUAAUUACAAUUUUGAACUAAAAAAUCUAUUUUAACUCGGACCACAGAAAAAAAAUUUAAUUCUAAUUUAAGUUUUGCUUUUAUGAAAAUUACUUGUGUACCAUUCUAACUAGUAUAAAAUUUAAAAAAUAAUUAUUAAUAUCACUAAUUUAGCAUAAAUUUAUUAAC